CGUAUAUAUUUGUAUAUAUAAUUUAUUAUUUCGAAGUCUACUGUCAUAUAUAACUCUUCAACAUCAAACCUGUAGUUUCGUGGCAUCGCUGGUGUUAAACAGUGCCUAAAAAGUCAGAGUUGGCCCCAUUCCGAAUCUCAUACAUAUCCUGGCAAACAAAGCAGAGCUGGAUUGCUCACCUUCACAUUCCCCCUUUCCCACGCCAAAACGAGGACGGCUUGGACGGUUUCUUUCGACUAUAUUACCUAUAAACAAACUUCUAAAAUGACGACCUUUGAUAUCGAGAUCGUAUCAGACCUGGUCUGCCCCUGGUGCUACAUCGGCUAUCGUCGUCUGCAAAAAGCAAUAGCCAUGUACCGCAAAACUUACCCCAACGGAUCCAAGGACACCUUCAAUAUCACGUGGAAGCCUUACUUUCUGGACGAGAACCCCCCCGCGACGCCAGUCUCCCGAUGGGAACGCAUGCUUGUCCGCAUCGGCCCUGAGCGUGCCCCCGCCAUAGCAGCGCGUCUCAAGGACAUCGCCGCUGGAGAAGGGAUCCUCCUGGCGGACGACGGCGUGGUAGGCGGCACUGCGCUAUGCCACGUGCUCCUGCACCUCGCUGGUACAAUCAGCCUCGAGCAGCAGAACAAAGUGGCCGAGGAGCUAUUCCACGCCUACUUUGUGGAAGCGAAGGAUAUUUUCAACGCGCCGAGUUUGGUGGAGAUCGGAGUUGCAGCGGGGAUGGAUAGAGGUGCCGUUGAGAAAGGCUUGGAGGAUGGAAAGUCGCUGGAAGAAGUGAAGAAGGAGGAGCAAGAGAAUAAGGCCAGGCGAGGCAGGGGUGUGCCGCUGUUUUAUCUGGGGGGGAAGACGAUCGAGGGCGCAAAAGAUAUGGAAGACUUUUUCGAGGUGUUCCUUCAGAUCAAGGAGGGGAGAGACGAGUUGCCAUGAGAAGGCUGCGCAAGAUCAGUUCCGGAUUGGUGGUCAUAGCUACUACGAAUGCAAACUAUUAUGAGAGUGACUGAGUAGGCAUGUAUUAUUUUGAGUUCCUGAAUACGUGAAUUAUAGUCGUCAGUUAUCAAG